AUGAUGAUGAAGGAAGAAGUGCAACUAGCACAAGAAGAUAAUGAAUUCAAAAGAAUGCAUGUAGUGCCUCACCCAUGCCAAAAGAAGAAAGGAAAAGAAGUAUGGGAUGGAAACAAACAAGAAGAAAUGGAAUUCACAUGCUUGCUUGUAAAUAGCGAGGUUCUCCAAGCUUAUAAACAAACCCCAAGGAGGGGAGCUCUCAAACACUUCUCUGGAGCUCCCCACCCUUCUCUCCCUCAAAUCCUCUUGGGAAUUGAAUUGAAUCAAUCUAUCAUCAAUCCUCGUGGAAUCGACCUCUCACUUACAUAUGCUAUACUACCAAAUGGCUCGUGCACUUGCGAGUAUCACAAGUUGAAGAUGCAGUUGAAUUCAUUUUGGUGCAGCUAA